GUUAUGAUAUUAGUAUUCAAAAAAGUAAAAAUGUUAGGAAAAAGUAUUCUUGGUGCAACAUUGUUUGAACGUACAGUACAUCUUUAGAUGUUCUUUAAAUUUUAAGCUGAUAGCAAAUUAAGUUGAGGAAUGAAGUUGAAAAAACAUAUUCGGGAAUGCCAUCUCACAUUAAGAAAACUGGACAUUUUUACCUUUCCCACAACCAAAAUACAAUGUUUGAAAAACAUUGUAAGAACAAAAGUGCAAAAUAAUGUUUAGAAAUUAAGUUGAAAGAUUUUUUGCAGAAAUGUUAUGCUAAUCUUAACAUUUCCUUACAUUAAUUAAAUUAUUAUAAUAAUUAUAAUAAUUAUAAAAAAUACAGUUCCCACAACCAAAAUGUUAUAUUUGGAAAUCAUUUUAAGAACAAAAAGCUAAUAGUAAGGUUCACAUACUAAGCAGAGAGAUUUCCGGAAAAUUUUGCUAACCUUAACAUUCUCCCCAGUCCUCACAAUAAGAAAACUGGAAAUUUUUACUUUUGAUUGACUUUUCUUUUCUUUUAUUUAUUUAUUUAUUUUUUUUUUUCUUUUUUACAAGCAUCAAAAUGUUAGCAGGGCUAGCUAAUGCCAACAUGAUGUUCCUCCACUGAACACUCGAAGGCACUAAUUUGUGAAGCAUAAUUGGUACCAAGAACAAUUUGGAUGUCCUUUCAUUCCAAUCACAUAAUAAAUCAGAAAGAGCAUGGUGUGUGGGAAUGGUGCAUGUGUAAGAAAGUGUGUCUUGGUAAAUAACAAAACAGCAACUAGCUCAUUAAGUAGCCUAUGGUUCAGCCUGUACGGGCACAUCCAUGAUGACUGCCCUUUAAUGCUAGAUUCAGAAAGAGAGAAAUAGAUGGCAAACAGAUGGAAUUAAGAAUAAUGAAAGAAUAAAAACAGAGUGAAAGCAGUCAUGCAACAGAGGAAGUCCAUUCCUGUAUUUCCUCUUGCGUGUGUUUGUUGGCAUCCAUUGCUUAUUUGCAUGUGAUUGUUGGCAUAUGGAGUUUUUUAUGAUUAAUUUGCAAUCAUUAAAUUGUGAAAAAAAGAAUCAUGUCAAGAAGAAACGUACCGGCAAACGUCAUGUAGGCCACACACACACACACAUGCACACACACACUCAAAUCAGGAAGUGCUGUCUUAAGCCGUGUGCUUGUCAGCAGAACUGACUGUAUGAUGUGAGGAUGUGUGUGUGUUGAUGUGUGUUAUUAAGGGAUGUAUUGACUCUGACUAACUGAGGCCCUGAACUUCACGAAUGGACCCCAGUAUACAAGUGCAACAUGGGCUCCAGGAUCAAAGAAAACCCUGACAAAACCUUCUACUGGUUCUUUCAAGCUUCAUGUCCAAUUGCCAGAGAUAAAGAUCCUGGAGUACUGUUUCAGUUCCCUGAAGACUUCAGUGAUCAGGAGUCCCAGCAGUCCCUGCCUCACUUCUGUUUUCCUUAUGACAUAGAGAGGGCAAAGGACACAGUGGCUGUGCAGCACUUCACAUUCGUUUUGACAGAUCUGGAGGGAUGUCAGCGCUUUGGUUUCUGCAGACUCACGUCCAGCUCUCAGACGUGCAUGUGUAUACUCAGUUAUUUGCCAUGGUUUGAGGUAUUUUACAAGCUUCUGAAUAACUUAGCUGACUACUUGACUAAAGGGCAGACCAAUGAGAUGAAAGAACUGCUAACAGUUCUCUACAAGCACCCUGUAACACCUGCUAAUGGCUCGAUUACUCUGCAGAUGAUACCAUACUUUAUUGCUCCAGAUCUCAAAGUCUUGCCUUCCAUUCCAGAGAGUAGGAACCUGACAGAGCUAGUGGUGGCUGUGGAUGUGGGUAACCUACUGCUGCUGUACGCCAGCAUGCUGUUUGAAAGACGCAUCCUCAUCUACUGCAGCAAACUGAGCACACUCACGGCCUGCAUACACGCAUGUAACGGAAUGCUCUUCCCCAUGUAUUGGCAACAUAUCUUCAUUCCUGUGCUGCCACCACACCUGCUCGACUACUGCUGUGCACCGAUGCCAUACCUCAUUGGAGUUCACACAAGCCUGGCAGAGAGAGUGAGAAGUCGAGCCCUAGAGGAUGUGGUCAUUCUAAAUGUGGACACGAACACCUUAGAGUCACCACACGACGACCUGAAAAAGAUCCCUGCUGACGUGGUGGCAGGUCUUAAGGUCAGGUUGAAGAGACAGGCCGCUUUGGCUGGGUCAGGGGUCGCUCAUGCUUUUCUAAGAGCUCAGGCUCUGCUGUUCGGAGGCUACAGAGAUGCCUUACAGUCUCCUGCUGAGGGGCCGGUUGUUUUCUGUAAGGAGUUAUUUCUGAGUCAAAAGUCUCAAAGUAUGAGGACAUUUUUGGAAAGCGCUGUUCACUUGCAGUGUUUCAAAGAGUUUAUUGACGGGCGUCUGGAAAUGUUGAACCGGGGCAAAGAGCCUGAUGAUAUGUUUGAGGAAGAGCUGCUAAAGUGUGGAGCUUCAGCAGGUUCUAAAAUGUGUCGGCAAUGGGUGGGGAAUUUGAAGAAAGGGGGUGGGGCCCUGAAUGUGACAUGGAAGUCUACAGCCAAUAAAGCAUCCAAAUAUCACAGCAAAUUUGGAUUGAAAAACCUCCUGUCAUCAAAGGAUCAAUCUGAGUCUCACAUGCUGCAGAGGGGCGGGUCUGUCUGUGAUACGCACACGUAUCGACUCAUCCAAUCAGAUUGCCUUCAGAACCGUAUACCAAUCACACAGCACUUUGGGAGGUCUCGACCACGUCGGCUAUCACACAGGCACCCUAUUAACCAGAGGUAUGAACGACAGAAUGAGACACAAGACGAAAACAACACCUGUGAGGACAGUGGGUUAACUAGUGAGUUAACGGAGGGUCUUGAGCUGUGUUCUGGCUCCAGUGAGCUGCAGGACGAUGAUGAGCUUUCUCUCUUGGCUGACCCAGAGGAGAUGGACCUGCUGGGGGAGAUCUUUGACACUUUGAGUGCUCAGAGCUCCAGAGAGCCGGGAUUACUGUACGGCACACGCAGUCUCGACCUCUUCAGCUCCGACAGCAGUGAAUUCAUCUCACAUAGGAGUUUAACCACACCCAGUCAGGAGAGUCUAAGUCCCUCUGUUGGAAACAGUGGAAGUCUCAUGAGCUGGGAGGAGGGGCUAGAGGCGGGACCAUGUGGAGAGAGGGAGGAGUCUGUUUUCCUGAUUGACAGACCAGAAAAGGAGCUUAAUGAAUUAGAGAAAGGCUUCGAGAAGUUAGGGGACAAUCUGUGUUUUGAAGUACAAAGUUCAGGAGACACUUCUCUGGACUUGGAGGUGGGUUCUAAAGAGGAAAAAGAGGAUCACUGGUUGACUCAAGAUGGACAAGUCAACGGAACAAUGGAUGAGCUUGAGGAAAGUUUGGAUCUUGAGACAGUGGUUGAAAAGACACAACAUGGCAGUGAAGAACAACCAAUAAUUGAGGCUGUAGAACAAAAGCAGACAGAAGAUAAGAUGUCAAGUGACUUGGGAUCUCCAGACCAGAGGGAGAGACCCUUGUUCAGGUCUGGAACAUUUCUUGGACCUACAAAUGGGGGAGUCAUCUCCCCUAUCUCUGUCAAUGUAGAAGACAAGAUGGACAAAGGAGAGGAGGCAGAAGAUGAGACUGUGGAGUCCCCAUCACAGACAGUAUCUUCUACCAUAGCUCUGCUCCAGUUGCAAGUCUCACAGACCAGGUGCUUGAUGGACUCUGCCGUGCCCAAUACUAGUCCAAGAGGGCGGGAUACCUCUCUGAGCACUCCUCUCAGGACCUACAAUAUCUACACAGCAUCCAGCAGGCCAGUAAUGGGGACACAGACAGAUGAACAGAGUAUGAAAUCGCCUGUUACAUCAACUCCAAAACAGUCUGAAGAGCAACAGCAAGUUCCCAUUAAGGUCUCUGAGCUGAAGAAGAGAUUUGAACAUUAACUGGUCAUGGAUAGUGUAUCAGAAUAUACCUAUUUCAAAUUAUCUGUUUUAAAGAACUAAUACUUUUUUCAGCUUGAUCUCAUGGAAAUGACACAUCUGUGAUAACAUUCUGUGGUGCGUGGCAGUUCCGAGGUGAAAUGUCCACUGUGUGGCACUAAAAGCGAAUUCCAAACAGAGGAGGUUUUUAAGGUUAAUGUUUUAUCAAGCUUUAAAAUCAACAAAACUGACCUCCCUAUACUAAACCUUAACUUAGACCUAACCGAUAGUGUUGUUAUAGCAAAUGUGAGAUGAAAAACAUGAUUGCUGAAGCAACCACAUCAUUUUGUGGUGCUUCUAUGACACUUUUGGCUCACGUAUAGGCUCACGUGCUCUUUAGGACUCGUACUCUGGUCCUUUACAUCGCUAGUGCAAUACUCUAGCAAUCACGCAGUUUGAACGCACUCAAACAAACUCAUAAAUGAAGUUUGUUAUGUAAUACAAACACCUUACAAGUCAUGCAUUAAGUGUUUAGAUGUCAUAAGAUAGCAUUGUGUGAAGAACAGGGCGAAAAGUGUGCCGUUUUAAGGCCCGUUCACAUGAAGAAUGAUAAGUAUAACAAUAAAUACUGUAUAAUGAUAACUAUAUUAGUGUCCACACCAACAGAUGCUAAAUUUCUUUAUUCCAAGCAUGUACUGCGGUCAUAUUCACAGUCAAGAAAAUGGAUGUAUAUGAUCUGCUACUGCUUCGCAAAGAAACCAAAAGAAAAACAGACGGAUACAACUUCAAAGGAAACAAGACAACGUUGUCUAUAAUAGCGCUGGACACCUGAGGUAAUUUUAUGCCACCAGCUUGCCUUAGCUUUUCAUUAUCUCAUCUCAGUUAAAACUGAAGAAGAAUGCAGAAGAAACAUUGCCAGUUCUUGAGCAGGAGUUUCCAUUUAUAAUAAAGUGGCGAUCCGGUGCUGGAAUGUGUUAUUUUGAAGAUGAGUGCACGUUACAUCUUGAGCCCUUUAAAGUUGGAUGGAUUUUGAUUGGCUGUCAAUAUUUUUAUCAUUCAUCAGCUAAAAAAAAAAAGAAAAUGCUCUGAAAGUGGUCCCAACGAAAUCAUUCCUCGGUGUCUUAUAAUUGUGGUGUGGACUCCACUAUUUUCUUAGAGUUCGAGCGAUGUUUAAAACUGUAUGGUUAUAGUUAUCGUUAUAGUUUUCGUUCUUGGUGUGAACGGGCCUUAAAGGGUCAAUUCACCCAGAAAUGAAAAUUCUCUCAUCAGUUACUCACCUUCAUGCCAUCCCAGAUGUGUAUGACUUUCUUUCAUCUGCAGAACACAAAUUAAGAUUUUUAGAAGAAUAUUUCAGCUCUGUAGGUCCAUACAAUGCAAGUGAAUGGGUGCCAAAUUUUUGAAACUAUAAAAUCCUCAUAAGAGCAACAUAAAAGUAAUCCAGACAACUCUGGUGGUUAAAUACAUGUCUUCAGAAGUGAUAUGAUAGGUGUGGGUGAGAAACAGAUCAAUAAUUAAGUCCUUUUUCCUUCACUUUCACAUUUUCCUUUUUGGUGGUUCACAUUCUUCGUGCAUAUUGCCCUCUGCUGGGCAGGGAGUUGAAUUUAUGCUAAAAAAUGACUUAAAUACUGAUCUGUUUCUCACCCACACCUAUCAUAAUCGCAUUAGAAGUUAUGGAUUAAACCACUGGAGUCAUAUGGAUCACUUUUUAUGUUUACUUUUAUUGUAUGGACCUACAGAGCUGAAAUAUUCUUCUAAAAAUCUUAAU